GGUGGAGCGGUGCUCUAUGUAUGAAAAUGGGUUAACCUGAUCUAUUGGCUUAGCUUACCUACCAUAAUAUACAGUAGUUGCAUGCAUAUCCAGAACACCCAUUUGAAAUUGCCAAUGAAGUCACAGGAUUGAGAAUUGGACUUGAGAUUGUGAUUACAGCUAAGGAAGAUCUAAGAAGAAGAUCUAUCUCUAAAAAAAAUGAAAGAAGAAAAAGAAAACACAAACAUGUGUGGCAUCUCCAAUGGCAUCAACAUCACAUAGAUACUAGAGUAUUUAGCUUAGAUAUUCAGAAGAUCUCAAUAAGUUGGCAAAGCCCAUUAGAUUCUAGUAAUUUAAUGAUCCAUUGAAGAUUGGUUCUGAUACUUAAUUUCAUCACACAGAUCUUUUGAAUCUCUAUCUUCUGAAAUCUAGGGAAGAGGCAUCAAGUUUCUGCAAAAUCUCCUUAAAAAGGGCCACAUUUCUGCCUCGUGCUUCUUCAGAUUUGUGAUUUAUGCACUCUUAGUCUUAAUUAUCCACAUACAGAGAUAGGUAGAUACAUGGAGGAGGGAGAGAGAGAGAGAGAGAGAGAGAGAGAGGAAACAUCUUGUAAGCUUCACAGUUAUGCUAGGCUUUUACACAAAUUUUUAUAAAUGCCGUUGACAAAGGGAUAAUGAGUGGUCUAUAGACAAAUUAUUCUACUAUUUCGACUUUAUCUCCAACCACUUGUACAGCUUCUUGAGCAACCAAUUUCUUCAAUAAAAAAACAGAGAAAAGAACAGAGCCAACUUAAUAUCUAAAUUCUAGCUUGCCUAUUUAAGUAGUUCUCCUCAUGGUUUCUAAGAUACAUGCCAGCAUUUUCCUUCUUCUUCUUGUCUUCUCUUUCCACAUUCCAACCUCAACCCUUCCAUUUCUUGUAAUCUCAAUCUGUAUGUUUCUGUCUCUUUGUAAUUCCACUUUUGCAUUAUAGUUCUCCCUUCAAUUCAAGAUCUUCUUUGUCCUUUUUCUAUACUAGAGUAAGAUGUGGCCAAUUGCUUUGUGCAUUGGAACUUUUGUUAUUAUAAGGAUUAUACAUUGGGGUUACAGCUGGAGGAAUCCCAAAUGCAAUGGGAAACUUCCACCAGGUUCAAUGGGCUUGCCAUUACUUGGUGAGACCCUUCAGUUCUUCGCCCCCAACACUUCUUCUGAUAUUCCUCCCUUCAUUAAAGAGAGGAUGGAAAGGUAUGGGCCUAUAUUUCGAACCAAUUUGGUGGGACGGCCAGUUGUUGUAUCAACAGACCCAGAUCUUAACUAUUUCAUCUUUCAACAAGAAGGACAAUUGUUCCAGAGCUGGUAUCCAGAUACAUUCACAAAGAUCUUUGGGCGACAGAAUGUGGGUUCCUUACAUGGGUUUAUGUACAAGUACCUUAAGAACAUGGUGUUGAACCUCUUUGGUCCUGAAAGCCUGAAAAAGAUGCUCCCUGAGGUUGAACACGCCACAUGUAGAAAUUUAGACAGGUGGUCAUGUCAAGACACUGUUGAAUUGAAGGAAGCAACUGCAAGAAUGAUAUUUGAUCUGACUGCAAAGAAACUCAUCAGUUAUGAACAAGACAAGUCCUCAGAAAAUCUAAGGGAGAACUUUGUUGCUUUCAUACAGGGAUUAAUCUCCUUCCCUUUGGAUAUUCCUGGAACAGCUUACCACAAAUGUUUGCAGGGAAGGAAGAAGGCAAUGAGCAUGCUGAAGAACAUGCUAAAGGAGAGACGAGCAAUGCCUAGGAAGAAGCAGAGUGAUUUCUUUGAUUAUGUAAUUGAAGAACUUAAGAAAGAAGGAACAAUCCUCACAGAAGCAAUUGCAUUAGAUUUAAUGUUUGUACUCCUCUUUGCCAGCUUCGAGACAACUUCAUUGGCUAUAACUUUAGCUACGAAGUUUCUUUCUGACCAUCCUUUGGUGCUGAAGAAAUUAACGGAAGAGCAUGAGGCAAUUCUAGAAAAACGGGAAAUUGUGGAUUCUGAACUUACAUGGAAAGAAUACAAAUCAAUGACAUUCACAUUUCAGUUCAUCAAUGAAACAGUUAGGCUGGCAAAUAUAGUUCCAGGAAUCUUCAGGAAGGCACUGAGAGAAAUCCAGUUUAAGGGAUAUACCAUUCCAGCAGGUUGGGCGAUUAUGGUCUGUCCGCCAGCUGUGCAUCUGAACCCAGCAAAAUAUGAAGAUCCCCUUGCCUUCAAUCCAUGGAGAUGGGAGGGAGUAGAAUCCAGUGGUGCAUCUAAGCAUUUCAUGGCCUUUGGUGGUGGCAUGAGGUUUUGUGUCGGAACAGACUUUACCAAAAUGCAGAUGGCUGUGUUUCUCCAUUGCUUGGUUACAAAGUACAGGUGGCAAACAGUCAGAGGAGGAGACAUUGUCCGGACUCCUGGUUUACAAUUUCCAAAUGGUUUCCAUGUUCAGAUAUUGGGGAAAAAUUAAACAUCUGCAGGAUAUAAACAGAAGCAGGAGCAGUACAUUAACAAAAUGAUGCAAGGCAAGUCAUUCAUAAGGGCUAGCGUCUUAUGAAUUUGGGAUUGCUACUGAAGCUUCCAGAAAAGAGUUUUUUCAGUACAUUCAAUAGAGUUGAGGGAGAUGCAAUUACAGUAGCUUCUUUUCAAACCAAGACCAAGCUGAAGAUAAUUUUUGCUCAUAGACACAUACUAAGUUUUGUGCUUUUCCAUUUGUUUUUGUUGCAAUAUAUAACUGUGGGAUUAGAAGGAAAAGAAAAGA